AUCCAUUUCCUCAUCGGAGACGCCACCGCGCGAUCCCAGUGACUCUCGUCGGAAUAGUUGGGUGUGAUUCAUCCUUCUCUUCUGAGAAGGCAAGAUGUACCAAUGGAGGAAAUUCGAAUUUUUCGAGGAGAAGUAUGGAGGGAAGAGCAAGAUUCCGGAGGAAGUAAGCGGGAAGAUACAGUGCUGUUCCAGUGGAAGAGGAAAGGUCGUCGUCGGCUGUGAUGACGGCACCGUCAGCCUCCUCGAUCGAGGCCUUCAGUUCAACUUCGGUUUUCAAGCUCACUCCUCCUCCGUCCUCUUUCUCCAGCAGCUCAAGCAACGCAACUUCCUUGUGACAGUUGGGGAGGAUGAGCAGAUAUCACCGCAGCAAUCUGCAAUGUGUUUGAAGGUCUUUGACCUUGAUAAAAUGGAGCCUGAGGGCACAAGCAUGAUAACCCCUGAUUGUAUAGGAAUUUUGAGGAUAUUUACCAAUCAGUUUCCUCAAGCAAAGAUUACUUCAUUCUUGGUUUUAGAGGAAGCUCCACCAAUACUACUCAUUGCCAUUGGAUUAGAUAAUGGUUGCAUUUACUGCAUUAAAGGAGACAUUGCACGUGAGCGUAUCACCCGUUUCAAGCUUCAGGUUGAUAAUUCUUCAAACAGAGGCCAUUUAGCUAUCACAGGUCUAGGUUUUAGAUUGGAUGGACCAGCACUUCAAUUGUUUGCAGUAAGUCCAGAUUCAGUGAGCUUGUUCAGCAUGCGGGAUCAAUCCCCCAGGAGGCAGACUCUUGAUCAGAUAGGAUGUAAUGUCAAUGGUGUUACAAUGAGUGAUCGCUCGGAAUUGAUAAUUGGUCGACCUGAGGCUGUUUACUUUUAUGAAAUUGAUGGACGUGGUCCGUGCUGGGCUUUUGAGGGAGAGAAGAAAUUCUUGGGUUGGUUCCGUGGCUACCUUCUAUGUGUUAUUUCAGACCAUAGAACCAACAAGGACAUUUUUAACGUAUAUGACCUUAAGAAUCGAUUGAUAGCCCACAGUUUAGUGGUCAAAGAGAUUUCACAUAUGCUGUGUGAAUGGGGUAACAUAAUACUAAUCAUGCCUGAUAAAUCUGCUCUGUGUAUUGCUGAGAAGGAUAUGGAAAGUAAGUUAGAUAUGCUUUUCAAGAAAAACCUCUAUACUGUGGCUAUCAAUCUUGUACAAAGCCAGCAAGCUGAUGCAGCAGCAACUGCAGAGGUCCUAAGGAAGUAUGGGGAUCAUCUAUAUAGCAAACAAGACUAUGAUGAGGCUAUGGCCCAAUACAUUCACACCAUAGGUCACCUUGAGCCUUCAUAUGUCAUACAGAAGUUUCUGGAUGCACAAAGAAUCUACAACCUUACAAAUUACUUGGAGAAGUUACAUGAGAAGGGACUCGCAUCUAAAGAUCAUACUACUUUGUUGUUGAACUGCUAUACAAAGCUGAAGGAUGUUGAAAAGUUGAAUGUUUUCAUUAAGAGUGAAGAUGGUGUUGGGGAACACAAGUUUGAUGUGGAAACUGCUAUAAGGGUCUGCCGUGCAGCCAAUUACCACGAACAUGCAAUGUAUGUUGCCAAGAAAGCAAGGAAGCAUGAGUGGUACUUAAAAAUUUUACUUGAAGACCUUGGUAGUUAUGAUGAGGCUCUGUAUUAUAUUUCAAGCCUUGAACCUAGUCAAGCUGGGGUAACAGUGAAAGAGUACGGUAAGAUUCUUAUAGAGCACAAGCCAGCAGAGACAAUUGAUAUACUCUUGAGGCUCUGUACUGAGGAUGGAGAAUCCUCCCGAAGAGGAUUGUCAAAUGGCACGUAUUUAUCUAUGUUGCCAUCUCCUGUUGAUUUUCUGAACAUUUUUGUCCACCACCCUCAAUCCCUUAUGGAUUUUCUAGAAAAAUAUACCAACAAGGUCAGAGACUCACCUGCUCAAGUUGAAAUUCAUAACACUCUUUUGGAGCUGUACUUGUCAAAUGACUUGAACUUCCCAUCAGUGUCACAAGCUAGCAAUGGCAUAUAUCUCAAUGUUAGAGAGAUAUCACCUCCUGUGAAGUCAGGAACAAUGUCCAACGAAAAGUCAAGUUCUGAUCCUAAAGAUUCAGAUAAGGAAAAGGAGCGUCUUGCAAGGCGUGAGAAGGGGCUACAAUUGCUUAAGAGUGCAUGGCCUUCUGACCUGGAACAACCUCUUUAUGAUGUUGAUCUUGCAAUAAUUCUUUGUGAGAUGAACUCAUUUAAAGAAGGUCUAUUGUAUUUGUAUGAGAAGAUGAAACUUUAUAAAGAGGUGAUUGCUUGCUACAUGCAGACCCAUGACCAUGAGGGAUUGAUUGCAUGCUGCAAAAGGUUGGGGGAUUCAGGUAAGGGAGGAGAUCCAUCUCUAUGGGCUGAUCUGCUGAAGUAUUUUGGCGAACUUGGAGAAGAUUGUUCAAAAGAAGUUAAAGAAGUCUUGACGUAUAUUGAAAGGGAUGAUAUCUUGCCUCCAAUUAUUGUUCUGCAAACACUCUCUAGAAACCCAUGCCUCACGCUAGCUGUUAUAAAAGAUUAUAUUGCUCGGAAGCUUGAACAGGAAUCAAAGUUAAUUGAAGAAGAUAGGCGUGCCAUAGAGAAAUAUCAGGAAGAUACAUUGUCAAUGAGGAAAGAAAUUCAAGACCUUCAGACAAAUGCCAGAAUUUUUCAGCUCAGCAAGUGCACUGCUUGCACAUUCACCCUUGACCUUCCUGCUGUCCACUUUAUGUGCAUGCAUUCAUUCCAUCAACGUUGUCUUGGUGAUAAUGAAAAAGAAUGCCCUGAGUGUGCUCCUGAGUACAGGUCUGUUCUGGAAAUGAAAAGAAGCUUAGAGCAGAAUUCCAAAGAUCAAGAUCGAUUUUUCCAGCAAAUAAAGAGUUCUAAGGAUGGGUUUGCUGUAAUUGCCGAGUAUUUCGGGAAGGGGGUAAUCAGCAAAACCAGUAAUGGACCCACAAAUACUCUUAGAUCAGGCAGUCCAUCUUCAAGCAGUGGCUUCUGAAAAUUUGAUUGCAUGCGUUGUGUUCUCUUUAGAGCUUUAUAUCUUUAUUGGUUGCAUUGCGAAGGGUCAUGGUGAAAAUCAAAUUAGUACGUGUUUCACAUUUCCAAGGCAGUGCCUUGACACUGCCCUAUCAGACAGAUCUGUUUUGGUUAAUUGUAUUCAGGUAAAAAUAUCUACAAACUUUGUUCACUGGGGGAGGAGCUGUAUCAUGGUGCUGCGGUGUUUCACAUACCUUUGUGGGCAAGUAAUGAGUAUGCUGGUUGAUCCAGUUAUACCUCUGCUUCCGAUUCAGAGGACAUUCACAAUAUUUGCAACAGCAUCAACAGCACGAGAAAAAAUGGUGAGGUGCAAUGUUGUAUAUUUGUUCCCUCAAUUUCUGAGCGUGAAGAUGGAAGUGCUCUCGCUGUUGGAAACAUGGAAUUUUGUUUUGGUAAAUUUCCUUUUUGUGGUAUGGUUUUCCAGGUCGGUCCUGGUGCUUUGUAAUUAUGGUGAGCUUUCAGUCAAAAUUCCGUUAAACCAUUCGCUUUGGUUUUAUGCUGAAAGUCCUCUGAAUCCCGAUUCUACAUCAUGGAAACACUUGCAGGGACAUUUUUUUUUUUAUUUUUAAAUUUCAUUAAUCCUUUUAUGUUAAGAUAUUGGUGCAUGUUAAUCGAAUU